GAUAUAGGAGAGUGAAGGUUGUGUUGUGAACGCCGGGAGUGUAAACAUUGUGGCCAGGAUCAAGCUGCUCUUAUUUUGUGGCGGAAAUGUCGGAAAUAUUGGAGGAAAAUGUUCUGAAGGCUGACGAGCUGAAGAAUGAGGCUAAUGAGCACUUCAAGAAACAGCAGUAUGACAAAGCCAUUGAGCUAUACACCUCUGCAAUAGAAUUAAACGACACCGUCGCCAUAUAUUACGGUAAUCGAAGUUUCGCCUAUCUGCGGACGGAAUGUUUCGGCUAUGCUCUUCAAGACGCGUCCAAGGCCUUGGAAUUAGACAAGAGUUAUGUUAAGGGUUACUACAGAAGAGCCUCAGCCUAUAUGUCUCUAGGGAAAUUUAAACUAGCACUAAAGGACUAUGAAACGGUGACAAAGACUCGACCCAACGACCGCGAUGCCAAAAUAAAGUACAGCGAGUGCCAGAAAGUGGUGAAGAUGCUGCUGUUCCAGAAGGCGAUAGCUGUCGACGAUGAUAACAAGUCUGUGGCGCAGUCAAUAGACCUUGAGUCUAUGGCUAUAGAAGAUGACUACAUAGGUCCGCGCCUCGAGGAUGGCAAGGUGACAGAGAGUUUUAUGAAAGAGCUAAUGGAGCAUUACAAAGUCCAGAAGAAACUGCACCGACGCUAUGCGUACAAGAUACUUUUAGACGUUAAGGAACAACUAACAAAGCAGCCCACCCUGGUAGACGUCACCAUUCCUGAUGACUCCAAGUUCACGGUGUGCGGUGACAUUCACGGCCAGUACUAUGAUCUCAUGAACAUUUUUGAUCUUAACGGACUCCCUUCAACCACAAAUCCAUAUCUGUUCAAUGGAGACUUUGUUGACAGAGGGUCCUUUUCCGUGGAGUGUAUUUUCGUCUUAUUCGGCUUCAAGCUCCUCUACCCCAAUCACUUCUUUAUGUCUAGAGGUAACCACGAGAGCGUGACGAUGAACCAGAUGUAUGGCUUCCAAGGAGAGGUGAAGGCGAAGUACACCUCGCAGAUGGCUGAACUCUUCACCGAGGUGUAUAAUUGGCUCCCACUCUGCCAUUGUCUCAACUCUAGGGCGCUGGUGAUGCACGGAGGACUCUUCUCUGAAGAAAACGUCACUUUAGACGAUAUAAGAAAAACACACAGGAACAGACAGCCUCCUGAAGAAGGCAUUAUGUGCGAGCUGCUAUGGAGUGACCCGAUGCCUGGUGUGGGUUUAGCUCCCAGCAAGCGCGGUGUGGGCAUCCAGUUUGGUCCAGACGUCACCAAGAGAUUCCUGGAGAGGAACAACCUGGAGUAUGUUAUCCGUUCUCACGAAGUCAAAGCCGAGGGCUACGAGGUGGCCCACGAUGGCAAAUGUAUUACUGUCUUCUCUGCACCUAAUUAUUGCGACACAAUGGGUAACAAAGGAGCUUUUAUCACUAUGAAUGGUAAAGACCUGAAGCCGAGAUAUACAACAUAUGAAGCCGUGCCUCAUCCAGCAGUGAAGCCAAUGGCAUAUGCAAAUUCCAUCUUGAGUUUGUUCAGUUAAGAGGAACUUUAUGGGAUGUAGUGCGUUAAGUCACACACUUGUGGGAUGCAAGAUAAGAGUCCCAACCUUGUGUACGAUAUAGCCUGCAAAAUUCACUUUCCUGUGCACAUGUAAGCCACACUGAUGAUUCACAUACAUGAUUACAAGAGUGUAUACACUCUCAAAUCUGUGCCUUCUGGUUGACUACAAGUGUACCAGUGUGAUCCCCCGUACGGUGCGAGAUGAGAUAACGUACACGAGGAUAUGAUUUUGGAGUCUGGCCAUUGGAACUAGACUAGAUAUCACAGUCCUCACCCAAGAUGUAGAGUUAUAUUGUAUACCUCAUCUCUAGGGUCCUCCUCAUUUGUGCCAUUAUUUGCCUAAUUAAUUUCUGUUUUAGUUCCACAUUUGUACGGCUAAAAAUUUUUAUCCCAGUUUUAUCGUCCCUGGUUAUCAGGAUGCCCCAUAUUAUCAAAGCAUUUUCUAUUGUGAUAAAUGUCUGUGUAUUCAGAUAUUUUUUUUUUUUUGUACUCUGUGCUCCUAAUUUUAGUAAUUAUCAUUAUAUAUAUACAUAUUUAUAAUUUUUGCAUUUCUGAAUUUGAUUUAGACAAUCUUUUAAAGAUUAUAAUGAUUCUUUUUUGUAAAGCCUGAUUAGUAUAAGUUUUUUUUUUUUAACUCAAAAAUGAACUAUACAAGCUCAUAUUUUCCGUUCUAAACAUUAUUGCAAUUUGUUCAUGUAUAUUGUUCAUGUUCACUCGUGCUUCAUCAGUUGACAGUCUUAUUUUCAUGAUUAUACUUUUGAACAUAAAUGUACAGUAUUUUUUGUGGGUCUUCAAAGCUCCUUAAACCUUUCAGAACCUUUGAAUCAUUGUAGGAAAUACUUGCUCAUACACAUGUAGAUACAAUAUUUCAUAUAUUUUUUUAAAGUGACCAUCCCCAUGUGCUUGAGUCGUGUGUGGGCCCCCACACCCUGGUGAUGCUCCAGCUCUUGUGCCACAGUGUGAUUCACUUCUUCUUCUCCCAGAUUUUAGAACCAUCGCUGCUUUGUAAUACUUAAUUAUUCACUCAUUAUACGUAAUACUGUGUCCCAGUCGUUACACCUAGCACUGUGUCCCAGUCAUUACACCUAGCACUGUGUCCCAGUCAUUACACCUAGCACUGUGUCCCAGUCAUUACACCUAGCACUGUGUCCCAGUCAUUACACCUAGCACUGUGUCCCAGUCAUUAC